AUGAAAGAUGUACUCAAGGUGCUCGACAUAUUGCCCAUGAGAAAAGCCCUCACUCAUCUAACUCUCUCCCAAUCUCAUAAACCAAAUGGGGCGAACGAGGUCCUGGAAAAAUGGGUCCCUUCUCCUCAGGGACCUCGAGAAAGAGGUCGGAAACCAUCGAGCUGGUCGCCGACGAACUCAGGACUUCCCGAGGAUUUCAAGAACUCGAUUAUUGUAAAAUACCCUCAUGUUUUCAAAUUGGAUAAAGUAGAUGAAAUGGAGCAUAUGUGUUUGGGAAAUUGGGAUUCAUCACUGGCCGUCACAGCUCGUGAGGAGAAAUUGGCAUCGAUCACAUUAUCCGGGCCUUCUCGUCGGGCCAAAGUGCCGAGGGACGAGAACUUCUCGGACCCGUUUGCUUUUCGCCUGAAUUUCUCAACCGGUUUCAGGCCAAACGAGAGUUACUUGCUGGCUAGGCUUUUACUCUGCCUUAGAAAGCAUCAAGUGAGUUUUUACAUCACAAAUAAAGGCGCGAGGAGUAGCGUGUUCUUGAAGGAGGCUUACGAGGGGUCGGAUUUGGUCGAUAAGUGUCCUCUGCUGGAAUUCAGGGACAAAUUUAUGGGUUUAAUGGUUUGGCUCAAGUCCUACUUCCACUGGUUCGACUACCUCGACUCCGGCUCCUCCACCAACCUUUUCGACGGCCUCUUCGAUGACGGCUCAAGUCCAUUGUAG